GCCCGUCGUGAAACCCUCAGCCUCGUCUACACACGACCCAUCAUCACCGCAACUAUGGGAGGACGUAAAUACAAUCUCAAUGCUCGGACGAUAGCCACGCCCCUCGCGGCAUUCUGCAUGGCCACUCUCCUCUUCGUAUACGCGCGCACAUCCAUCACAGCAGCGAAGCGCAAUGCGCAGAUGCACCGCGAGGCAGACGGGGGACAGAUUAGCUGGCGCAAUGAGUCACUGCGGAGGCAUGGGGCGCUGGCGGCGCCGGAGUCGAAGAGUACUGUGAAGCAGCUGCUUGGGGAGAAGGCGGCGAGGGAGGGGGCGGAGGGGGAGAAAGUUGUGAGGUCUGAGGAGGAGGAUAGGGUUAGAGAGGCGGCGAAGAGUAGUAGGGUGAGGAAGGAGUAGGUGGGUGACGGUGGGGGCGGCGGCGGCGGCGGCGGCGGUGUAUUCAUAUUGAGGGUCUGGCGUCUGGGUGUGCAUACAUGAGUCAGGUAUGUAAUAUUGGGAAGUCAUCUAAAAAGGGUCUUGUUAUUAGAUACAUACAUAUUUCGAAUACGC